GUUUACAAUAGCGUGACUGACGUUCUCGUGUGUCAGGUGACUUGUGCAAGGAAAUGCAGUCCCCUGGAAAACUGCUAAGGAUGAAUCGCCCGUCGGUUUAUAUUUUGCUUGUUGUCUACGCAAGCAUAAUUAACGGAGCUUUGGGAGACCGGCUGACCGUGCUGCGGAGCCCUGACUAUGUGAACUUCCGUGAGGGAGAAUGGCCGGUAUCAGGAGAGAAGAUUCCGGACCUGGUGGCGCUCACCAUGGGGUUCUCUGUCCAGGAGGAUCUGGACUGGCCGGGGCUGCAGGCCGGACCCUUGUUCCAGCGGCCCAGGGCCAACAUGCUGGUGGUCAUCCGGGGAGUGGACUCUCUGGACCUGCCCAAGAACAUCACCUCUUACCCUCUAGAAAACCCGGUGCCCUUCACCCUGGACAGUGUGGCUAACACGGUCCACACCCUGUUUGCCGAGAGCACACCUGUGGUGCUGCAGCUUGCACCCAGCGAGGAGCGCUUGUACAUGAUGGGCAUGGCCAACACGGUGUUCGAGGACCUCCCGGUCACGCUGCAGCAGAUCCGCGGCCGUCUCUCCCAGGAGGGCUCGGUGCUCAACUCACUGCCCCUCAACUCUCUCAGCAAGAACAACGAGGCCGAUCUGCUCUUCCUGUCUGAGGUCCAAGUGCUGCACGACAUCUCUGCACUGCUGCUGAGGCACCGGCACCUGGCGAAGGACCACGCGCCUGACCUGUACUCGCUGGAGCUGUCUGGGCUAGAGGAGCUCGGCCGUCGCUACGGUCAGGACUCGCCGCAGUUCCAGGACGCCGCCAGCAUCAUCGCCAGCGUCAUGCAGAAGUUUGCUGACAGCGUCUAUGGUGUCUACAGCAACAACGCGGUAAUUGAGGUGGUUACGGUCAAGACCUUCGAAGCGCCUCUCACCAGGAAGUCUCGCUCCAUUCUCGAGUCAAAGCAGAUUAGCAACCCAGGAAGUCCCUACAAUCUGGCCUACAAAUACAGCUUGGAGUACGCCGUGAUCUUCAACAUCGUGCUCUGGCUCAUGAUCGUACUGGCCCUGGCGGUCAUCGCCAUCUCGUACAACCUGUGGAACAUGGACCCCGGCUACGACAGCAUCAUCUACAGGAUGACCAAUCAGAAGAUCCGCAUGGACUGAGCACUCUGUUCCCACUACCCUACAUGUCCUCAUUGUACUUCCUGUGCUGAUGUUUGUUUAGUUUUCUCCUGUCGUUGUCGUCUCCUUCCCACUUCAUUCAUGACACUUCUCCCCUCUUGUGUAUAGUGGGAUUCCCUCCAAAUCCAAAAUAUAUUCUAAAUAAGUGUAAAGUAAUGAAAAGUAUCAAGAUAUUGCAGCCACAGAGAAUGUUGUUGAAACUUGAUGUACGUCACUUGAAGAGUUGCAGAGUGGAAAAUUAAUUUAUUGAUGUCUUUGUUGGUGUAGAUAUUCCAGUGUGUUAUUUCCUCUGAGGUAUGUCUUUGACUGCUAAAGCGUUGAGCUUUGCUUUCCACAAACAGUUUGUUCUGUUUAAAACUAGAUAUGCAGAGUGUUUGAUGUGAGUUUUGCAAACAUAUGUUUGCACAUGUGUGACAGAUGCUUGCUGAUUGUAUUUAUUGUUUUGUUGUGUUUGCUCUUGUCUGAUUUGGGCCUAUUUUUCAUGUGACAUCAGAUCAUUCCAGUGUUUACUUUCUGACAUCGUAAACAAUAUGCAGUGAGAAGAUUUGUGAAACCUUAAAUGUGUUGGUUUUCAUGUGUACAGAAAUCUUCAGAAGCAAUGACUGGACGUUAUUGUGUGUAGUUGCUAUUGUUGAUGUGUGUAUGAGAAGAAUGAAAGGAAAUCAAUGGUCAUUUUCUCCCCAACUUAAACAAUAAAACUAGGAAAUGUGAAUAUUGA